ACCUCUGAAUAUCCGAAAUACUAAAACCAAUUGCUAAAGAAAUGGAGGCAACCAAUGAUGAAAUCAAAAUGUGGAAUAUAGACGAUGUAGAAGUGUUUUUGAAAAGCAAAGGCUUUGAUGAAAAUGUAACCAAUAUUCUGAAAGGAAAUGAAAUCGACGGGGAAUCAUUUCUUAUUCUUAAUGACGUGGAAGUAGCAAGCAUGGGCUUCAAAAUUGGCCCAGCUUCUAAAUUGCGGAAACUAUUGGAAAAGUUACGCUCUGCUGACUCCAUUGCUGGAAAUCAUACAAUAAUAAAUGAGCCAAAUGAAACUGGAACUACUCUUCGCAUUGUAAUUCCGUCUACUUCUACGUCUGAAAUCCCAGUUCCGUCUACAAGUGAAUCACAGGAAUCGACUGCUGAACAGGGUGCACCAAAUGUAAUGGAAAUUCUCAAAUGUAGCCAGAAAGGGAAAGCAAUUGUUUUUAACUACAUUGAAAGAAACGAGGAUUUCGUGACCCACAGUGAACGCAUCGAGAUAGUCAACAUUGUGUGUAAUCACAUGGUAGAGUGUAACCAACAAAAACAUUACCCAUCAGUGAAUACCAAACACAUGUACGCAGCUGCAAUUAUAAAGAGUUUCCCAUGCCUAGCAACAAAGCACACAGAUCAAGAUGGUGGUGUGUCUUUCAAUCACGACGUUUUCUAUCACCCAGUAGCUGGUGGUUUCAUUGAAAAUAAAAUCAAAGAAAUAAGAAGAAAAGAGGGAAUUAGGAAGAGAAAACCUAACGGUUUAUCAAAGAACAAGGAAUCGGAUGGAAUUGCUGGUGAAAAGAAGAAGAGAAUAAAGAAAAUUAAAAAGGGUGUAGUACCCGAGAAUAAACUACCUGCUGCUGACGGCUUUGAUGAGGAAAUUAUGAAAUCAAUGGUGGAAUGGAUGAAAGUUCAUGUCGUUUCAGUCAACAAUAAAGCCAAAAUUGUUGAAUACAUGGAAAAAACCUUUGACUUCCGCGAUCGGGAGAGUACAUUUCGAUUUAAAUGCGUAUCUGAAAUCCUUGUGGAGUACCCAAGGUUCAUGGAUUGUGAUGAAGGAUCUUUGAUUCUUCGGGACUUCCAUCAAAAAUAUCCUGAUAAACAUUUUUCAUUCAAAAGCCGAUUUUUGGAUAGAUUUUCUGCUCCUCUUCGGUUUUUGGCUAAAAGCGGAAACAAGAACGUUCCCAAGUCAUCUGAUGAUUCCAUGAAUUCCCUCAUUUUAUGUUUGCAACUUAUGCCAGCAGUGUAUAACGUUAAAAAAGCAUCUUUCGAAUCCAAACUGGAUCGCCUAUUUCACUUGGUGAAGGAAAAUGCAUCGAUUUCAGCGAUCGCUAAGGCGAAGGAUGUUGUCCAUCAUAAGCAGCCCUUCCUUAUUGUUGUUGGAUCCCUAGAGCACCCGUUGUCUUUUAACCUGGUAUUGGACUUUAGUGUUAUUCCCCUUGGCAGCGAUUGCUCAAGGGCAUUCAAUGUCCUCUUCGCCUCUUUUUUUGUGUUUAGAUUGGAAUUCCCAAAACAUCUAGACAAAUUUUAUCUUCUUUUUGGAUAGUUUGUCUUUCAAAUAUUCUUAGGGGAAAGUUGUUACACAAUUAACCCUUCAAAUCAAUCUUUUGCUAACAUGCUAGACAACAUUGCCUCAAAAAAUUUGGGUAAUUCUUCUGAUGCUGUCUAAUAAUUUCCAAUUAAAAAGCAGCGUGUUUAUCUCAUAAUAUGUUUUCAUCAUAAUUAUGUGUAAAAUUGUGCUGUUUCUUGUUUGAUUGAGACAUGUUGUUUUUAAAUACAGAAUAUAGCAUGGUCAGACUUGUCUGAUGAUGCUUUUUCCUACAAA